UGACCGUGAUAAGCGUCGUGCGAUGGGUCAUACCGGGCCAUCGUGUCGAUCAUCAGCUUCUCUGCUGCCUCUAUGAUAGCCUGUUCGUCCUCUGUAGGGUACAUGGUGGUAGAAAAUCAAGAAACGACCAUGGGCAGCCAUAGUUGUACGUGACCGAUGAUUGUCAACAGUCAUAACGAUCAUCGGAGCCGGCGAACUCGUUUCUCCAUCUCCACCAUGGCUCAACGAUCCCUGCUCUUCGCCGUUGUUCUGCUUGUCGUCGCCAGCCUUUAUGCGCUCGAAAUUAAGGACAAUGCUGCUGCGAUAGCGAAUGAUACCAUAAUUACAGUCGACAGCAUCCACCACUGUGCCUCUGUCCAGCAGCUGAGUGCCAUCAAGAUUGCUGCGGAGGCCCAAGAGUCUCCCAUCAUGCGGAAAAUCUUCGCUUGGCUGUUUCCCUUCGGCCCAGCGUGGAAUUCGGUCUUGGGAACUUUCUAUAUCAGUUCCGUACCAAACUUCAUUCUCGCGUUCAUACCGGCACGUAUAAAUGGAAACACCCUCAACACGAUGACAGCGUUUGCCACCGGGGGCCUUCUUUCUGAUGUAUUCUUGCACCUCGUUCCACAUUCGUUCAUGGGCGAACACCAGGAUCCUGGUGUGCAUUUUGUAAUGGUGGAAGAAAAGCGCAACAUUUUAAUAGGUCUCGGAAUCUUCUCUGGUUUUGCUGCGUUCUUCUUUAUGGAAAAGACGUUGCGUGUGUUAGGAGGGGAAGACGAUUCUGGACAUUCACACUCGCACUCGCAUGUCCAACCUUCUGACGAUUCCAGUGCGCGCGCUUCAGCCGUUUCGAUGUCGUCGGGGUCAAAUAAUUUGAAAUCGAGAGCACCCACAUCUGCUUCCGCUGAAGCUAAGGAAAGUUCGCCAGGUCCAUCUCACGCUGCUACAGGGCCCUCCAAAUUGUCAGCUUACCUCAAUCUUUUUGGGGACUUUGUUCACAACAUCACAGAUGGUUUGGCUAUGGCGGCAUCUUUCUACGCGUCGCCCCUCAUUGGGGCCACCACGACUCUCGCAUGCUUUGCGCAUGAAAUUCCCCACGAAAUAGCUGAUUAUUCAAUUCUGAUUCGAAGCGGGUUUACCAAGAAGCAAGCAAUGCAGUCUCAAUUUUUGACCGCUGUUGGGGCUUUUGUUGGUACUUUCAUCGGGAUUGCGGUUCACAACGCGACGUCUAGUACCGACUCGGCGAGCUUCAAACUCGAUCUCGGGGCAGGUGCGAGACAGAACGCGACAGGGCUUCUGGGGACUACCCUGAUGAUCGCAGAUUUGGUCAUUCCCUUUGUUGCAGGAGGUUUCCUGUAUAUUGGCGCUGUUGCUGUAUUGCCAACGCUCCUCGCAGAAAGCAAAAGCGGCGCCCAGGCAGUGAGAGAGUUCGCGGCGAUGUUCGUUGGUGUCGUGUGCAUGUUACUGGUCGCCUGGAAUGAAUAGAGUGUUUUAGAACGCUGUUGAGCCCAGAUCUUGCAGGG